GGCGCGGCGCGUGGCGGGCCGCUCUAGCCCUCCGGCGGAGGCGUGGAACGGGGGGCGGGGGGAGGCCUAGGUGGCGAAGAGGGUUCGACACGCGGUGCUGACAUCACAGAUGAUGUCAUGGCGGUGGCAGACCCUGGGGUGGCAUCACAGCUUAUUGCUGAGCCAGGGUGGGGGGAGAGGUGGCUUGAGCUACGGUGUGAUGUCAUGGUGCUUGUGAUGGCACGGCCCCUGUGAUGUCACAGCCCUUGUGAUGUCAUGGGCCCUGUUAUGUCAUAGUUGCUGUGAUGCCAUGGUGCCUGUGAUGUCACAGGCCCUGUGAUACCACGGCCUUUGUGAUGUCACAGCCCUUGUGAUAUCGCAGCCCCUGUUUUGUCACAGUUGCUGGGAAGCCAUGGUGCCUGUGAUGUCACAGGGCCUGUGAUGUCACAGCCGCCGUGAUGUCACCCCCUUGCCGGGCUGCACGCCCCUCCCCGUCCCCUCCCUUCGCAGGUGCCGCCAUGGCGGCCGCCCCCGCGGGGCCCCUGCGGCGGGAGCAGCAGCGGGCGGCGAGCAUCGUCCGCGUCCUGGCGCUGUACCGGCCCCUGCUCGACGCCUACGUCAUCGAGUUUUUCGCCGAGGACCUGUGGGCCCGGCUGCCGCCGUCCUGGCAGGCGGCGCUGGCCGCCGUGCCGCCGCCGCGCCUGGCCGCCGCGCUGCUGGAGCCGCCCGGCCCCGCCGCCGCCGCCGCCGCCGCCGUGUGGCCGCUCUCCCUGCUGGCCUUCAAGGCGACGGCCCAGGCGCUGGCCUUCCCCCGCGCCCCGCCGCCCCACCGGCACCGGUACCGGCACCGGCACGGCGGCCGCCCGCCCGAGUUUCGGCGCAACCCCUGCCAGAGCGCCAGGCUGCACCCGCUGCUCCGCAAGCACGUCAAGCCCAAAAAGCAGCACGAGAUCCGCCGCCUGGGCAAGGUGGUGAAGCGGCUCAGCGAGGCGGCGGGCUGUGACCACGUGGUGGACGUGGGCUCGGGGCAGGGCCACCUCUCGCGCUUCCUGGCCUUCGGCCUCGGCUUGCCGGUCACCGCCGUGGAGGGCGACAGCCGCCUGGUCGAGGCGGCGAAGCGCUUUGAUCAGGAGCUGCUGCAGGCGCUGGAGAAAGCGCAGGCGCGAGGCGCCGAGGUGCCGCUCUCCCCGCGGGGGCCACGCCACGUGGCUGGUCGCCUGGACCCCGGGGCUCCGUGGAGCCAGGAGCUGCUGCCCCCGGAGCCAGGACCCCCCGGCGGCGCCGGGAACCCGCUGGGGCCGCGGGGCCGGGAGCGGGUGCUGCUCACGGGGCUGCACGCCUGCGGGGACCUCAGCGUGGCCCUGCUCCGCCACUUCGUCCGCAGCCCCCACGUGGCCGCCGUGACCUCGGUGGCUUGCUGCUACAUGAAGCUCUCCGCCGAGCCCCCGGCUUGCAGCUACCCGCUGAGCGCCUGGGUGGCGGGGCUGCCGGGCCACGCGCUCUCCUACAAGGCGCGCGAGGCGGCCUGCCACGCGCUGGAGGAGUACGCGGGGCGGCUGCGGGCCGACAGCGGUGCCCUGCGGACGCACUGCUACCGGGCGGUGCUGGAGACCCUCAUCCGGGCGGCCGACCCCAGCAAGAAGUGCCUCGGGGUGCAGACGGUGAACAAGGCGCACGCGCUGAGCUUCCCCGAGUACGCGCGGCUCGGGCUGCCCCGCGUGGGGCUGGACCCGGCCGCGCUGCCGCUGGACUCGGAGGCUGUGCAGACCAUGCUGCGGCAGCAGCAGAAGGUGGUGGCCUUCUUCAGCCUGGCGCUGCUGCUGGCACCGCUGGUGGAGACCCUCAUCCUCCUCGACCGCCUGCUCUACUUGCGGGAGCAAGGUUUCCAGUGCGCCCUGAUCCCCCUCUUCGACCCCCAGUUCUCCCCACGCAACCUUGUGCUGGUGGCCACCCGAUGCCCCUUGGGCCCAGUGCUCUCAGCCCUGGACGAGGACAGUGGUGAGGACGAGGACAGCGGCGAGGACGAGGACAGCGGCGAGGACGUGGCCCUGCCGGGGGGAUCGCCACCAGGCCGUCCCCAGGCACAGCCAUCCACGGAGGGGCAAAGUCGGGGCUGAACUGCAUCGCAGCAGCCAGGAAAGGCCGAACAUCUUGGUUUUGGGCCUGGACCCGCUCCCUAGAGCGAGGCAGGCAGGACGCUGGCACGUUCCCCCUCAGCGCACCACCGUUGCUGCCGUUGCAGGAGUGCUCGGUCCCUGCGCUGGCUCCCUCAGAGCCUCGUGAGGUUAUUUUGCCAUGCUGCAACACCCUGUUGUACUGAAGCAGAGCGCCGUGCCCCCAAACCCAUCACUCCUCCUGCGUGUCCAGGGACAGGAGGCAAAGGCUCGUGGAGGACAAGGGCUGCGAGAUGCUGCUCAGGCCUCAUCUUUAUUACAAUAAAGCUGAUUUUCUACA